AUGGUGGGUGCAAAGGCGGUCACGAGCUCGAGCACCUCCCCCCGCCUGGCACAGCAACGCAGUGGAGUGAGCAGCGUCAUACUGAGUCCUCCCUUCUAUCAGGUGUCCUGCUGUGGGCCUGUUUCCUGUACCUGCUGCCGGCAUUCUAGGUGGCCUCCUCUCACAGAGUCUCCUUGUAGCCGCCUGUUCUACAUUCUCCUCCAUGUGGGGGCCUCAGCAGUCUGCUGCCUCCUAUUGUCAAGGACAGUAGUGGAAAGAGUCUGGGGCAAGGCACGUGGGAUCCAGAUGCCCUCAGGGCUGUGUGCCCAUCUGUUUGGCCAUUCUCACUGCCCAGUUCUCAGUGGCUCUGGGGCUGUGUACCGAGUAUGUGCAGGAACUGCCACCUUCCACCUGCUACAGGCUGUGCUGCUGGUCCACCUCCACUCCCCCACCAGCCUGCGAGCACAGCUGCAUAAUAGCUUCUGGGUCCUCAAGCUGCUGUUCCUGUUAGGUCUCUGUGCUGUUGCUUUCUGCAUCCCUGAUGAGCAUCUCUUCCCAGUCUGGCAUUACAUUGGCAUCUGUGGAGGCUUUACAUUCAUCCUGCUGCAGUUGGUGCUUAUUACAGCCUUUGCCCAUUCUUGGAACAAGAACUGGCAAACAGGUGCAGCCCAAGACUGCCGCUGGUUCCUAGCUGUGCUGCUGACCACCCUAGGAUUCUACAGUAUGGCAGGUGUAGCAGCUGUGCUCCUGUUCCGCCACUACACGCACCCAGCUGCCUGCCUGCUGAACAAGAUGCUGCUUAGUCUGCACCUUUGUUUCUGUGGGCUCCUCUCCUUCCUCUCCAUCGCUCCCUGCAUCCGCCUCAAGCAGCCACGCUCUGGCCUUCUACAAGCCUCUAUCAUCAGCUGCUAUAUCAUGUACCUGACAUUCUCUGCACUGUCCAGCCGUCCUCCAGAGAGUGUAAUCCUUCAAGGACAGAAUCACACUCUGUGCCUGCCUGGCCUGAGUAAAAUGGAACCUGAAAUACCCAACGCUUCUCUGGCAGUGCUGAGUGCUGGCAUCAUGUAUGCCUGUGUGCUUUUUGCUUGCAAUGAGGCAUCCUAUCUGGCUGAGGUAUUUGGGCCCUUGUGGAUGGUCAAGGUUUACAGCUAUGAGUUCCAGACACCCUCACUCUGUUUCUGCUGCCUGGAAUCAGUGGAGCCAGAGAAAGGGCAAAGAGGUGGGACUGCCAGGCCAGCUGACCAAGAUACCUCUCCAGCUCUUCCAGCGCAAGCCCAGCAGCUUUCCUACAGCUAUUCUGCCUUCCACUUUGUCUUCUUCCUAGCAUCACUCUAUGUCAUGGUUACCCUCACCAACUGGUCCAGCUAUGAGGGAGCAGAACUGGAAAAGACGUUCACCAUGGGUAGCUGGGCUACUUUCUGGGUCAAGGUUGCUUCAUGCUGGGCCUGUGUACUCCUCUACUUGGGGCUGCUACUGGCACCACUUUGUUGGUCCCCAACCCAGGAACCCCAGCCCCUUCCUAUUGUCAGGCAACAUUGUCAUGCAUCAGUAUCACCAGAUAACAAACAUCCAAUCUAAGUACUUUUAACAGACUGAUGUUCCCUUGAAGUUGUAACCCUGGUCUUGGGUCACAGGAGCUGGCCAGCCCAACAAAUACCUCAAGGACACAAUGUGUAGUUACCUCCCUUUAGGCUGAAGUCAGUAGUACAUCCGACUUGAAAAAAGUGGCUAUACACACCCUGACCCUGAGCAUCUGACUCACCGGCGCUAGCAUUACAUCUUCACCCCAGCUCAAGAGCCUAACUCGGCAGCAAGAGCCUAACUAAGUCAGCAGCUCAGGAACCACUGCUGAUCCCAGCAGACAGUGUGGCACCAGCUCUUUCCUGGCUCUCAUGGUAGAGAUGGGGGCAGGGAAAGACCAACGGGGACUGAAGACUUAGUUGGCUCUGCCCUUGAAGAUAAAAAGGAAAAUAAGUAGUUCAGCCCUGGGUACAGGGAUGUAAGAAGCCCAGAACAAACCAGGACACAGGAAGAAAGGAGCAGAGACUACCCUGGGUUUUAAUCCUGAUGCUGAGGUCAAAGGAAAUGGAAAGACAAAAACCACCCUCAUUCCAUGAGGAAUGACAGAACAGAAGAGAAUGUGAACACUUGAGAGCAGCUAGCCAUGGGAAGUUAAUGAGCAGCAGAAUCUGGGCCAACUUUCAAGAAGGUGAGCAAACUGAGGAAGAAUAAGGAAGAGGGGCAUACAUUUAGGUCUUGGAGCCUUCCUUCUUAGGACCUCAACCCCAUCCUUAAGACGGUGUUUAAGGUCCGAGUGUGGGACUGAUAUCACAGAAAAGAAGUCCCUACGGUUCUGAGAGGAUUUCUCUACCACGUACCCAACAUAUUUGUCUGUUUGUUGUAGCACAAUAAAGGAUUUUUGCUUUGACGUUUCACUUAA